AUGUACCGAGAACUGGACGCACUUGUUUCAACCGAGGCAUUGGAGACAGAACGCAAAGUUUCCCAACGGCGUUUGUACCUUAUCACCUUUGUUGUUUUUUCCGUGGUUGCAGGGGGAUCCUUUGCGUGUGUCGUCUUUGGCAUCUCUGAAAUUGCGAGCCACGACUCCACACUUAUGAAUGACGGACUUGGGGAAGUCAUGACAGUCCUCGGGAUAUGUUUUACACUCCCGUGUGUGUUUUGCGUUGUAGUUUUUGCGUCACUGGCAUUAGGCCUUUCAUGCUGUCCAUCCAAUCCCCGUUUUAGUACCCUCCUUGUCAUUGGGCUGACCUUGAUUUCCUUUGUGACCCAGCAGAUUCUGUGCGACGUGUUUUUGUUUCGUUUUAUUGGUUUUCCCACGGCGGCCGCUUUGGUUGCGGAUGUGUGUGUUGCUGCAUCUUAUAUAUUUCUACACGCACGGAGUUUCUACGUACCUACUGUUUUGACAGUCGUGGUGUUUGUGGGGAAAACAGCUGCUUUGUGGGGUGUAACGUUCACUCGUCAUGCGGACGAGCAGCAGCGGCAUUAUCAGCAGCAGCAGCAGCUCAGCUCCAGUGGCCUCUUUGCGAUGCUGGCGUUAACGGUUUCUAUUGUUCAACUGCCGCUGUAUAUUACCGAGACACGUGAAUGGUCAGGACGGGAUAAUAAUGUUGUGGCAGAGAACACCAUUGUGGGAAACUUCAACAACAAUUUCAACCUUCUUCUCCUUCACCUGCUAAACUCCCUGGACAUUUUUACCGUGUACAGUUCUGUUCUUUUUCCUGGCACACGAAAAGGUUCCCUUCGAACCGUACCAGAGCCAUUUCAAAUUCUUAUUUCUAUUAUUGUCAGCGUUGCGUUUGUAGGGAACAACGUUGGCGUCAUUCACUUAUUUUAUGCACGUGAUGGGGUCGAAUGCGCGGAACUUAUGUUUCUGCCGAAGAGGCUGCGUGAUGCCAUUAAUCAGUGGAGCAGCACUGAUGCAAAUGGAAGCCACAAGCGUCGUAUUCUUCAAUAUAUGUUGCUGCUUAUUGUUGUGUGCGAUGUUCCUCUGUUGGCAGUACGAACGCAGCUCUGGUGGAGAGACCAUCAGAUGCUAAGCAUAUUUCUCAUAAAAAACAUCAAGGCGAUUUUUGACAUGUUUAUGGUGGUGCUUCGCGUGGGUCGUUCACUUGGGUCCGCCGAUCGUGUGUGGGAUUCGUUUGCCGAGAAUUAG